AUGGAUCAUAAGGCCUCAGCACAGAUGGUUCCCCAGACCGCCCUCUUCUUGGAUGGUUUAAGGUGCGCGCUGCCUUUAAACUGGAUUCGCAUGUUCGAUGCGCGCGAGCUCGGGACCAUCAUCUCUGGCUCUUCUGCUGGCUUCGACGUGGCAGAUCUCAAGCAAAACACCGUCUACAACGGUGGAUACACGGAGCAAAGUCCAGUGAUUCGAUGGUUGUGGGAUCUGCUGGAGACGGCAGACGCAGAGGAUCUCGGGCACUUCCUGAUGUUUGCCACUUCUUGCAGCCGGCCGCCCCUUCUGGGUUUCAAGAGCUUCGAGCCGAAGUUCUGCAUACACAAGGUCGAUGACCCGUCCCGCUUGCCAACCGCAUCCACCUGUGCAAACCUCCUCAAGCUGCCUGCAUACAGCAGCCAGCAAAUGCUGAGAGACAAGUUAUUCCAAGCCAUUCGUUCUGAGAGUGGCUUUGAUUUGAGCUGA